ACACAGAGCCGUGGACAGUCCGUGCGCUGCUUGGCUUCGCACGCCAUCUUACACACUGAGGAUUUAAACCGGCAAAAAACAGCAAAAACAGACACCAACAACAACAUCACGCCAUCUGUCAUCUAUUUAAAAGUGUCCGGAGACUUUGGAGCCGACUUGAUCAUGACUUAAGACUUCCUAAAGAGGAAAAAGAGCGAUAAAAACUGCUUAGCCUCCAAGGAGCUCGCGGCUAGCUAGGGGGAGGGGUCAGUUUUUUUUUUCUGCAGCUGAAGUUGUUUGUUUAUGUUAUUCCACACGGAUAUGUCUUCAUCAAACCCCGAUUUAACAGACAUGGGGGCCAGUGGGACCCAGGCGAGUGGAGCUGUCGUCCCCAAAGGAGCCAACAAGAGGCGGGCAGCGCCUGACUUUGAUGACGACGAGGGAAGCAAGUUGUUUAGGUGUGACGAUGAUACUUCAGGCUCCAACAACGACAAAGAGCGCUUUGCCAGGGAGAACCACAGCGAAAUCGAAAGGCGGAGGCGAAACAAGAUGACAGCGUAUAUCACUGAGUUAUCGGACAUGGUACCGACCUGCAGCGCUUUGGCGAGAAAACCUGACAAACUGACUAUUCUGCGGAUGGCCGUGUCCCACAUGAAGUCUCUGAGAGGCAGUGGCAGCACCAACGCAGAUGGGUCCUAUAAGCCCUCAUUUCUCACUGAUCAGGAACUCAAGCACCUUAUUUUGGAAGCGGCAGAUGGCUUCCUCUUUGUGGUGUCCUGUGAGACCGGGCGUAUCGUGUAUGUGUCGGACUCUCUCACUCCCGUCCUGAACCACGCCCAAGGUGAUUGGCUGGGCUCCUCUCUGUAUGAUCAGCUGCACCCCGACGACGCCGACAAGCUGAGGGAGCAACUGUCCACUGCUGAGAACAACAACACAGGGAGGAUGUUGGAUCUGAAAACAGGAACAGUUAAAAAGGAAAGCCAACAGUCCUCAGCCAGAAUGACGAUGGGAGCUCGGCGAUCUUUUAUCUGCAGAAUGAGGUGUGGUAACUGUCCCGUGGAGCCAAUGUCGAUGAACAGGCUCAACUUUUUAAGAAACAGAAAUAGGAACGGUUUGGGAGCAGCCAAAGAAGGAGAGCCUCAGUAUGUGGUAGUUCACUGCACGGGAUACAUCAAAUCUUGGCCCCCUGCUGGAGUGUCGCUAACAGACGAAGAGGCGGAUAGUAAUCAGGGGAGUCGCUACUGUCUUGUUGCCAUUGGAAGAUUACAGGUAACGUGUUGUCCAGGAGACACAGAUAUGAAUAACGUCAGCGUCCCAGUCGAGUUUAUUUCGCGGCACAACUGUCAAGGUGUCUUUACGUUCGUGGACCAUCGCUGCAUGGCUGCUAUCGGUUACCAGCCCCAGGAUUUACUGGGAAAGAAUAUUCUGGAGUUGGCACAUCCAGAGGACCAGGGUUUACUCAGAGACAGCUUCCAACAGGUUUUGAAGUUGAAGGGCCAGGUGCUGUCUGUGAUGUUCAGAUUCCGCUCCAAAUCCAGAGAGUGGAUUUGGAUGAGGACAAGCUCUUUUACAUUUCAAAACCCAUUUUCAGAGGAGAUCGAAUACAUCAUCUGCACCAACGUCAACGUCAAAAACUCGUCCCAGGAAGCCCUCACCCCCAUGUCCUCCCCCGGGGGCUCCCUCCCCUCCCUGGGUCAGAGCAGCCCAAAUAGAGUCCCUGUGCUCAGCCCGGCUCAGGUGCCCUCCAGGCAGUUACAGCAGCAGCAGACAGAGCUUGACGGUGGAGGAAGCAGAGAUGGGUUAUACGAGACAGGACAGGUCCCUCUGUCACAGAUUCCAGUGCAGCCGGUGACAGCAGCAGCCCCAGACCACAGUAAGAGCCUGGAGAAGACAGAACUCUUCUCACCCCUGUUCCAAAGUCCAGAGCAGAGCAAAGGCCUGCCCUCCUCCUCUGCGCCUCCCAACCAGAUCUACCCCCCAUCCAACAACUACCCCGCACCUCGUCCUGAAGCCUACAAUCGUCCAGUGAGCAUGGCCCCACAGAUGGCACCGCAGCCACACUCAGCAGGGCAGAUGUUGGCUCAGAUUUCUCGUCAGAACGGAGCCCCUCAGACUGUGGCCCCCGGGACCACCACCAGCCCUCUGCAUGCGGGUCCCAACGGAGGGUGGCCUGCUCCAGCUGCUGGAGCCAGACCGCAGUACAAUAACCCUCAGAAGGUAGCUCCACAGGCUGCAAAGACCAUGCCGCCACAGUUCGCCCCGGUUGGAGGAUUUUCAAAUUCUUUUAACCAAAUGCCAACCGGGACUGCUCCUACCCAGAACAACAGCGCCCCCUACCCUCCUAUGAACCCCCGUGCAACCAUCAACAACGGUUACGAUGGUUCCCAGUCCGGACCGCAGUUCCCUUCCCGAGCAGCUGAGGCAGUGUGGCCCCAGUGGCAGGGUCAACAGCACCCACAGGGCAACCAAGAGCAGCACCCGCACGCUCAGGGCAACCAACAAGACAUGUUUCCUGAUGUGCUGUCGAUGCUGGACCAGCCCGCCAACUUCAACAGUGAUGAUUUUGAGAUCCCCAUGUACCCUUCAUUUAACGAGUGACUUUAUAAACACUUCUCUGGUAUUUCUGCUCGACGUUUGAGCCCUCACUCUUCCAUAUUUAAUUUAAUGCUUCCCACAAUCCCUCAAAACUGUCUUCUUCUGCUUUGCAUGGCUUGUAUUGCACUGCCAUCUACAGUCACAAAGGGAGAACAAACCAGGAAACGCUACUGACAAUUUUUAGCCAUGAGAUUACCCGACUAGCACUGCCCAAAGCUCCAAUACCUGUUUUUAUUUAAGUUUUGAACGCACAAUCACUACUAAAUCACACUUGAACUGCCUGCACACGCACACUUUUCUGCUUGGUCCAAAACACACAAGGCCUUUAUUCUGUUUUUUCAGGUUUUUUCUCAGGCUUAAGGUCAUGACUGUCCUUUGUUGAACAGUUUGGACUGCACAGUAUACUGAUCAGUAUUUACAAUAUUGGUUAAAACGGUUUACACAUAGCAACAGACUUAAUGUUGCACAGUUCACAGCAGCACGCUAGCUAGCACACUGUGUCUCACUUUAAAUAAUAAAAUAAAAUAAACUUAUUAAAAUUCAAAUUAACCAAAAUAAACACUGCCAAAUUAUUUUUAUAUGUAGAAUACUUCAGUUUGUGGCACUGUUUUAAUAUAUAGUAUGCCUAAAAUUAGCAUUAGCGUUAGCAUUGAGACACACUGAAGACGCUUCUGUGUGAAGUUUUAAUUUUCUUUGUGUAGUUUUCAACAUCCAUCCACCUGCAGCUUCUUUUCCACUGCCUGAUCUCUAAUGAUUUAUUCGUUUAGUGUGACUCGGUAAAAACCUCACAGUGAUGCAAACGGACAGGAAGUAGUGACACUAGCAGUGAGGUCGCCGAGUGCUGUUGUGCUCAGUGCCAAUUAAGGUGUUUAUGGUGCACAAUGUAAUUUUUCUGUCUCCAUGGAGAUGUUAUUCCUUUACCUGAAAUGGUACACAGUAAACAUGUCUGUCUUGCACUUAGCAGCUCACUUCUCCACAGAUCUGACCUGUAAUUUGCCCUGGUUGGGUCACCUGCUUGUUUCCAUGGAGAUAUGUUAAAUGCUAACCCUAUUGCACCAGAAAAGUCAAGAUUUUUUUCAUCUUUGUUUUGAUCAUGGCUUGGUCACUAGUGAGUUCUUUAAAAUUCCAUCUGCAAAAAAAAGAAAAUUGGAAAAUCACAACACAUUUUUCCUCAUAUUGUGCAGUCCUAACUCCAAUAGUUUUAAUUUAUUCUCUCAGGAAACUGCAGAGCGCACAAACCGUAACUGUCUUCACUAAUGUCCCUUUGAUUUGACUGGUCAGCGCUGAAAAUGCUGUUUUCUACAUUUACUCUGGUUAUGGCUUAUUUUGGUGGACCUAUUUUAGUCGUGUUCAUGUACCUCUUGAAGAAUGUGUAAUUAUUCUAUUCUAACGAGCUUUAACUCAGUGGUUCUCAACUGGUGUAGCUUUGAGAUUCAACUUCUUUUUGUCAUGACAAGCCACAAUCCAAACUAAAAUCUAUGCAAUACUGCAUAUCACCCUGUAGUACAAAAACAGUACAGUGGUCCCUCAUUUAUGGCGGGGGUCACGUUCUAAAAAUAACCCGCAAUAGGUGAAAUCUGCGAAGUAUCAGCUUUAUUUUUUACAAUUAUUCUUUGUGUUUUUUGCUGUAAAACCCCUCACCACACACUUUAUACACUUUUCUCACACAGGCGUUAACAUUUUUUCACAUUUCUCUCUCAUUUAAACACUUUCAAAGUUCAAACCUUUGUAGGCGCCUUUGUCGGUGCAGAACGUUUCAUCGACAUUGUGGGUUUUGUCGAGGAGAAGACAAAUUGCAAACAUACAGCACUUCAGAGUCACACUGCCAUACAAUAUUUAUGUAAAUUGUGAGACUGAUGGACAGUGGUCAUGCACGCUCAUACGAUGUAAAAAACAACAACUGUGAAACCACGAAAGAUGAACCGCGAUAUAGUGAGGGACAACUGUAUUUUAUCCAUGAGGUUUGUCUGUUUCUUCAUUCAUAAUAAGGUUCACUAUCCAAAAAAAAUCAAGAUUCAUUUUUUGCAAAGACACGCAACUCACUGAAAAGUAGUUUUAACAUGGUCCUGAUCUUUUCAUGGGUUUCAGAAUGAUGAAAAAUGUGGACCACUGCCAUAGCGAGUAACAAUUUAAAACAAAAUAUUAUCCUUUGAAUGGAAAAAAAUUCUUACAAUGUUCCAUAUAACAGGAACUUAAGACCCCAUAAAUAUCAGAACAUGUAUUACACCACUUGAUACUACUAGACUCAAUACUAGACUUUUACUUGGUCAUUCAAUCCAUUUUUUUAUUAAGAACAUUUUCUACACAAAGUGUCUGGUCUAUAUUUAAAAAAAAAAAAAUUAUAGAACCAUCAAAAUUUGUAGUAAACCUUUUCUUUAGGUUGAAAUUUUACGUGUGUCCAGUCCCAGCCCAUGAGUUGAGAACCACUGCUCUAACAUACACUAGUGUUUACUAUGCCUGUGCUGGUUGUCAUAGUACCUAAUGUUUUUCACUUAAAGCUCUGCUAUGUAACAUCUCUAAUACAAGGUCUGUCUGCCACUGUGUUGAUCUUGCAUGUAUGAAUGUUACAUAGUGGAUCUUUAAACUACAGUAAUAUAAAUAGUGACUGUAUGCAAGUAAAACGGAUGCUUAUUUGACACCGAGUGAGGAUCAGACUGUUUUUUUUCUUCUAAUGCUACGUCACCCUGUACCAAGUAUGGGACUUCUGUAAGAAAAUGUUUAAAAAGCAAUAAUUAACAAGCAGGAAAUGUGUACUUUUAAAGCCAUUCUAUAUUGUGUUUUAAGGUUAUUUUAAUAUUCUGGUUUUGUGUAGUAAUGCUAUGUUUUUAAUUUUAUGUUGCCCUAUUCCAAUUGGUAUUUAAUGAGUGGUUUAAUCAGGGUAUUCAGGAUUCAAAUGGAAUUGUCUGAGGUAAAACAGUUUUUCCAAUUGUUUAAAGGGCCCGUAUUAUGCUGUUUUCUAAGUUAUGUUAUAAUGUUUCCUCUCACUCUGUUCCACCUUGUGAUGUCAUCAUGUGAUAAUACAGGAAGUGCUCCGCUGUGUUUUUAGACUCCACACACCUUCACUAGAAACAUUUGGAUAAUUUCAGCCCUGGAAUUGCCAAUCGCUACUGAACUAAAGGUAAAAAGUAGCUUGAAAACUACCACUUCGUGACAUCACAAGGUGGAACGGAGCGUUUUGAGCAUUAGAGAUGUAGACAGACUAAUAAUAAAGUGUCACUCAGGUCUGUUUUUGAGACAGUAACAACAUUAUAACAUGGCUAAAAAUCUCACAGGAGUCAAUUUUGCGUAAUGUAGGACCUUUAAAAAAAACAACUGUUCUUUUGUAUAAAAUUGUCUUUGAUUGAGACUUAGCCAUAAUUUUCCACUGAGUUUUCUAAUCAAUUUGUAUUAUAGGCAACUGUUGGAGUUUAAUUUUGAAUUGUAAAGUUGUGUGUGGCACUUGCACACUUGUGAUGACAAAUCAUGAAAAUAUGUUUGUAACUGUCUGUUUCUCCACGUUGAUUUGGAGGCUGCUUUGGUAUCUCUCUAUAUCCUUCUCUCUCGUUGAUGUCGACCUUUAUCACACAAAUAUAAUAUACUGUAUAUGUUAAAGAAAUGUAAGAAGAGCUGUUUGUUUUUGUAUUAAAUUGUUACAUUGUUAAACGUGAA